AUGUUCGGAAGCUUUUCUACUUACUUCGUCACCCUCUUGGCCGCAGCCUCGACGGCUGCCAACGCCGCUGCUACUUCCAAGAACCCCGUCUACACCGGCCUCGGCACCCGAUACGGCCUUAGCGAUGGCUGCACUGAGGACGACUGCUGGCAGAAGGGUGCUUGCAGCUUUGUCGGCUACGACCUGCCCGCUGGCAUUGACGGAACCACCUGUGUCUCUGAGGAUAUCUGGAAGGAUGGCGCCAACUGCGGUGGGUGCAUUCAGGUUUCUUACAAGGGCAAGUCCCUCAAGAUCAUGGUCACCAACAAGACUGGCGGCGACAAGAACCAUCUCGACAUGACCCCCGCCACCUGGUCCAAACUCACCAACGGCAUGACCGGCGGCGGUGUCGACGGCAUCAAGUGGAAGUGGAUUGCCUGCCCUCUCAAGUCCCCUCUCCAGGUCCACAUGCACGGUGGCGCCUCCAAGUACUGGUUCGCCGCUACCAUCGAGAACGUCACUCACCGCGUCAAGGCCGUCGACGUCAGCAGCGACAACGGCAAGACCUGGAAGGCUACCAAGCUCAACGACCCCAACAUGUGGAUCCUCAAGGGCACGCUUCCCAACGACACUGCCUGGGUCCGCGUCACCAGCGUCAACAACAAGAAGGUCAUCGUCAAGAACGUUGCUCUCAAGUCUGGUGUCGUCACCAAGGCCAAGUCCAACUUUUAA